AUGACAGAUCACGUGAUUUUACACAAUUACAACCAAAGAGCCUGUGCGUGACAGAGGACCAUCCAAAAAAUUGAGGUGCAUCGCCAGCAAGCUCAUGUAAAUUCUUGAUCGGCCCCUGGAUCCCAAUCACCACGCCAUUGGGACUUGGUAAAGCCACCGGUCACCUGAAGUGAUGAGUGUAGCACGCCCAGCUGCUGGGAGGUUGUUCUCCCGGUGCCUGGCAGCUUCACCAGUCACUCCUGCUGCAUCGCGAGCAGCCCCGGUGACAUGCCGUCACCUCCACAGCUCGGCGCCGCUCGAGGCACGGCGGCGGCCACGCUUCAAGAGCAUCCCCGCCGCGAAGAUGGGCCUGCAGUCCCCCGAGCAAAUCGAAAAUUUCGCCAAAGACAAGUUCCCCGAGUACACACCCGAGGAAAAAGAAGAGCUGCGGAAGGUGUACUCGCCCGAGCACAUGGCGGCCCUCGAAGCCGGUGAGGCGGCGAUCAAUCCGAAGGACCUGACUAUUCAGGGGCGACUGCGAGACGACCCCUACCGGCUGUCGUACAUCGACGACUUCAAGAAUAUCCAGCCCAUCAUCGACAAGAGACCAAAGACGAAGCCGGCGCCGAACCCGAGGGCGCGAUUCAUGGGCAUGGAGGAGUUCACCGAUGACUUGGUGAAAUGGGCUGAAAGGUUCUUCCCAGCCGGGAUGGAGACGAAGACAAUAAAGGACUUCGUGACGGACAACCUCAAGGACGUCCCGGAAGAGGAUUGGCCCUCGAGUGCGAGGAAAAAGGCCGAGAAGCAGCUCCAAGAAUAUCUAUUGGCCACAGACGGAGAGAUGGGGAUCGACCUGGGGGAGAACGGACCUAGUUCUAUUGACGUGCUGAAUUAUCUUCUCGAGCGGUCCACCAUGACCGACAAUGGACAGGGCUCGAACUCGGCCGUGGCACCGGCGCUGCCCAACCAGGUACCUGGUGUCGCCGGCCGCUACAAGAACGCCAUCGACCCCGCCGACGAAGGCCUGGACGACGCUGGUGAAUACCAGGACCUGAAGAAGCAGACCGACUUGGGCGUGAAGGCGCUCAAGAGCUUCACCGUCAAGACCCUGCUGCUUCGGUUCGUCAGCAAUCAGACGCGUCUAGGCAAGAUCAGGAGCGCCUCUGUGAUGGCUAUUGCGGGUAACAAGGACGGAUGGUUGGGUCUAGGCAGUGCCAAAUCGGUGGAAAUCGCCAUCGCCGUGCAAAAGGCGAAGCUCGCGGCAAUCCGCAACAUGCAGCCCAUUUCGCGGUACGAGAGGCGCACCAUCUACGGGAAUGUGGAGGCGAAGAUCUCCGGCUCUGUCGUGCGACUCUCUGCUCGCCCACCGGGUUUCGGUCUCCGCGUGCCCUCUAGGAUAUUUGAGAUGUGCCGUGCGGCCGGCAUCCGGGAUCUUGCAGCCAAGAUCCCGCGGUCGCGGAACCCCAUGAACACCGUCAAGGCGACUUUCAAGGCCCUCGUCAACCAGCCGGACCCUGAAGAGAUCGCGAUUGGGCGAGGCAAGAAGCUUGUGGAUGUGCGGAAGGUGUACUAUGGCGGAGCUGUAUAUUAAUCCAUUGUAUCAUCGUGUAUCAUUUCGAUAGAGACCUCUGACAGGCCUAUGCAACCUUUUUCCGUCA